AUGAAUGACAGAGCGUGUAGAAUACUCCUUUCUGUAAAGAACUCGAUUUCCGAUAAAUUAGACAAAAACCAAGAUUAUCAAUUUAUUAUUGAAAGCAAUUUCAAUAAGUAUUGUACUAAUGGCAAAUGUAGUAAUAAUCUCGGAAAAAUUGAUGCUGGAUGUUUAUAUUUGUUUGAUGCAUUCUUUGAGAGUUCUUCUGUGUUUGAGUCUGUUGCAAAAAGUAAUACCAAUAUUGUUGAUUACAUUAUGAUAUGGUUGAGUUAUAUGUUAAACCUAAAGGAACAAAUAGGAAAUGAGACCAAUCUACAAUAUUUUUAUAAGACAUUUAUAAAUAAUGAUAAGUAUAAAAAGCCUAUAACUGGCGUUGAAAAAUAUUAUGAAAAUUAUAAGGAUCUUAUAGAUAAAAAAAAAUAUUUUUGGGAUUUGGAUAGUAAUAUUAUAUCUAAUUUUUAUAAAGCAUUAAUAUUAUUAUGUGAAAUGUAUACUAAUUUUGAUGAAAAAUCAUCAUUUUGCUCAAUCUGUUCGCAAAAUGCUAAGAAAUUUGUUAAUAUAUAUAAAGAAAUUAAUCAAAAUAAUAAUAUUACUAGUGAUAGUUCCUAUAAUAAAAUAUUGUCUAUUUUAGAAAAUGAUUAUAAUAAUUUUAAAAAAUAUUGUAAUACUAAAGGUGGUAAAUGUGAAGAAUAUCCAACCCUUCCAACGAUAGAAAACACACGAAGUUCUGGGCAAUUUUCUGAAGAUACAUCAUCAAAUUCGUCGAUAACAAGCAAAUUAUUUACAGUUUUAUCGAUAUUUGGUGCAAUAGCAUUUUUUUUGGGAAUUUCUUAUAAGUAUUCAUUAUUUGGAUUUCGGAAACAAGUUCAAAAACAAAAAUUAAGAGAAAAGCUAAAAAAUAUAAAGAAGAGAAUGAAUCAUUAA